GUCAUUCUUCAGAGAGGAUUUCCAAAAUGGCGCCUUUGGGUUGGGAUUUAAAUUCCUCUCCAGGUUGUACGUCGAUUUUGCAGCCUAGACGUCGCUAAAAUCAUCGCGGAGACGCUCAAAUCAACACAACUAGCGUAAGGUAGGCGCGGGAAGGACAACAACAUGAAAGUGUUCAUCUACGACGUCUCUACGUUUGAGGAGGGAGCGAAAGUGGGCGUGAACGGGGACAGCAAGCCGGCGGAGGGAGUGUUGGUGUUCACUACCUGGGUGGACAAGGGACUGCUACAGAGGAACCUCUCCCUGCCUCAUGCAGAGGUGGACCUGACACACUUACCCAGCCGGGAGAAGGACCUCAAAAAAUACAUCAGGUCAUUGUCAUGGCAAUGGGACCUGACCAAUGGGGUGAGACCAGGCCUGUGGAGCCAGGUGGUUGCUAGGAUCCAGGGCCGCGCCCACCAACGGGAAGAAUAUGAGCAGUGCAAGAAGUCCCUCUUUGGAGAACGGGGUAAGAUAAAGUAG